AACCAGCAAAUCCUAUCACUACAGCGUCAAAUUAGUCGUUUAAAAAAUAUAAUUAUUUCUCCACAUUUAUCGUACUCUUAUGGAAAUUCAACCUAUAUAUUAUUUACGACCAGAAUGACUUGGAAUGAUUCUCAGCUAUGGUGUUUUGAUACUGGGGGAAAAUUGGCGGAAAUAGAAACUGAGGAUGAAAAUACUUUCAUCCGAAACAGCAUUAUCUCGGCAAGAUCAGCCAAUAAAAUCACAGAUGGUGUUUGGGUAGGAGGCACAGACCAAGAAACAGAGGGUGUUUGGAAAUGGGCGUCUACAAAUACAAAUAUAAACUUCACAUUCUGGGCUCAAGGAGAGCCGAACGAUUUUCGUGGUAAUGAAGAUUGCCUGGAAUUCGCAGAAGAUAAGGGAUGGUGGUGGAAUGAUAAUAACUGUGAAGCAACAAUGUCAUUUCUGUGUGAAAUCUUGCAGAACAAAUAA